AUGGCUCAAUCGAUCCCACCCGGCGACAUCAUCACUCAACCCAACGCGAAGGUCGUUUUCAACGCCCCCUACGACGACAAGCACACCUACCACAUCAAGGUGAUCAAUGCUGGAGGUCGUCGUAUCGGCUGGGCCUUCAAGACCACCAACAUGAAGCGCCUUGGAGUCGACCCACCAUGCGGUGUUUUGGACCCAAAGGAGGGUGUCCUUGUUGCCGUCUCGUGCGAUGCCUUUGCCUUCGGUCAAGAAGAGACCAACAACGACCGCAUCACCAUCGAAUGGACCAACACCCCCGAUGGUGCCGCCAAGCAAUUCCGCCGUGAAUGGUUCCAAGGCGAUGGAAUGGUCCGCCGCAAGAAUCUCCCGAUUGAGUACAACCCU